GGAUGUCACCGGAUAUACCCGUUCGUUUGCAAAAACCGUCUUAGCCUACAUUGGCUUCGUUUUCACUCUCGGUCUGCUCCGGCUUGUUUUUUAUUGGAUGCCUCGCUGGAUGCUUGUCUGCACCCAUUCCACUUGCCCACUGCCCGAGGCACAAAAGGUGCUUGUGAAGGAUCCCGCCGGUGUGUACUACACUGUCGAUGUGAUGACCUCAAUCAUCGACAGUGACGACAACGGGGUUUGCGUAGGAUCUUCUCGUGGCCGUAAAUCUAAGAUGGCCCCACGGGACGCAACGCUCGAAAUGCAUAAGACCAGUGGUUUGAUCACGUACUUUUUUUACAAGCGUCUCAAGUACAUUUGGAACGAGGAGCGAAGUCAGUUCUGUCUUUUGAGCGAAUCGAAUGGGCGCCCGUAUUGUCAGCUCUUUCCUCCUCAUCCGCUUCCUGAACCCAUCGUUUUACACCGACGUACUUUGUACGAGGCGAACGAAAUCGCCAUCCAUUUGACGCCUGUGAUCAAGAUGUUGCUAACCGAGUGUUUGAACCCGUUCUACUGCUUCCAAGUAUUCAGCUGUAUCCUCUGGUUCUUUGAAGAGUACUGGAUGUACGCGACGUGUAUCAUCGUGCUCUCCAUCAUUUCUCUGUGCAUGCAAGUGUAUGAUAUGCGGCGGAAUGACAUCGCACUGAAAAAGACGAUCUGCAAUUCUUCCUUGGUUACCGUUUGUCGCGAGGUCAACGGGAUAUCUGCUUUUUUCGCCGUUGAUUCAACUGAACUGGUUCCGGGUGACAUCAUCGAAAUACCACGCAUCGGGUGUAUGAUGCACUGUGACGCGUUCGUAUUGACUGGCAACUGUAUAGUCAAUGAAAGCACACUGACCGGCGAAAGCGUGCCAGUCACUAAGACGCCUUUGCCCGAACGACAGCGCAGGGACGACGUUGUUGCAAACCUUCCCACAGUGGCCAAACAUGUCUUGUUCGGUGGGACUUCUGUCAUCCAGACACGUAAUUACGCAGACGAACGUGUACUUGCUAUGGUCGCCCGCACUGGAUUCCGUACGGCCAAAGGUGAACUGGUUCUGUCCAUUUUGUACCCGAAACCGAUGAAGUUCAAAUUCACUCAGGACGCCCUGCGUUAUGUCGGUGCUUUGGCUGGGAUAUCUGUGAUCGGACUCGCAGUUUCAGUGUACCUUAUGCACUCAGCUCAGGUUAUCGUUUGGGAGAUCGUGCUGCGUUCUUUGGAUCUGGUCACCAUAGCGGUUCCUCCAGCUCUACCUGUUGCCAUGACUGUCGGUGUGGUGUUCGCUCAACGGCGUUUGCGCACGCAACAAAUCUACUGCAUUAAUCCUUCCGCGAUUAACGUAUGUGGUGUCAUCAAUGUUACCUGCUUUGACAAGACUGGAACCCUGACUGAAGAUGGGAUGGAUUUGUGGGGUGUUAUUCCCAACACACAAGGGGUUUUUGGCAAAAGUCAGGUGAAGCCGAAUGAAUUGGAUCGUGGACCGUUGUUGGAGGCGAUGGCCACCUGCCACUCACUGACCCGUAUCGAAGGAGUACUUUCCGGGGAUCCACUUGACCUGAAGAUGUUCCAAUCUACCAAUUGGGAAUUUUUGGAAGAAGUCUCCGAGGACCACUGCAAAUUCGAAAUGGCUGUGCCUGCCAUAGUUCGUCCUGUGCCCAAAGGGUCUUUCACUAAUGUUACUUUAGAGUCCACUAUUGAGCCGGAGAUGAUCCCUUAUGAGGUGGGUAUUCUGCGGCACUUUACUUUCUCGUCCAGCAUGCAGCGCAUGUCUGUGAUUGCUCGUGUGCUCAACAGCUCCCACUUCAGUGUCUACACAAAAGGUGCUCCCGAAAUGAUUGAACGUCUGUGUCGCCAGGAUACAAUCCCAUCAAGCUUCCAUUCUGUCCUGAUGCAAUACACUCGAGAGGGUUACCGUGUCCUCGCUUUGGCAUGGCGUCCCCUUAAGGUUUCUUACACGCGUAUGCUCAAAAUUCCACGUGAACGAGUGGAAACUGACUUACUCUUUCUCGGCUUUCUGAUCAUGGAAAAUCGGCUCAAACCGGAAAGUGCACCGGUGAUCGAAACUCUGAGGGAAGCCAAUAUCCGACCCAUCAUGGUGACCGGUGAUAACAUGCUUACAGCCCUUUCGGUUGCUCGCGAUUGUGGGAUGAUCGACGAAUCGGAUCGUAUUAUUAUUGUGUCCGCGAAACCCCCGCCUCCAAAAACCAGCUCCUCCCAGACUCCUGAUGGGGAUACUGGCUUCACCGCCCAUGUUCGCGACAAUGAUGUGAGUGCUGCUAACCCUGCCAACUCAAAGCCGUCGGUUGCAGGAUUAAAGCGAUCAUUGGAGUAUAGUCAGGAUACAUCUUCCGUCGAAGAAGGCACUGCCACUCUUGUCGAAUUUCAUUACGCAGAGGAUUUGCACAAACCUGUCACCGAAGUGACAGCUACCAGCGCUGGUGCUCGUGGCUGGCGUGGUCAUCGUAGUCGACGCCCUCGAUGGAAAGUGUUUCCGUUCCUCUCCUCGCUCUUUUCUCGAGGCAAACGAUCUUCGAGCGCUGGUGAUGUCUACCAUACAGUGGACACUGUGACACGUUACUCUUUGACCACUCCGGUCGAAAUCCCAGGGACGGUCGCAGUCGACUCGGUAUUUGAUGCCGAAGCGGACGGCCAUGUACAUAGUCUAGAAGAACCUGUCGCAUCACAUCGUGUCACCAUCCGAAUGAUCGACCGACCUGACUUCCAUUUAGCCAUCUCUGGCAAAACAUGGGCUGUGAUCAAGGAACACUAUCCGUGGCUUAUUCCGAAACUGGUCGUUAAGGGCACCGUGUUUGCCCGCUUCUCCCCGGAGCAAAAAACCCAACUCAUCGAAUCUCUACAGUUGGUCGGCUACUACGUGGCCAUGUGUGGUGACGGUGCGAACGAUUGCGGUGCACUGAAAGCGGCACACGCGGGAAUCGCUCUGAGCGACGCGGAGGCCAGUGUGGCCAGCCCGUUCACGUCGAAGCAACAGAACAUCGGUUGUGUGCCCACUCUGAUUCGCGACGGUCGAUGUGCUCUUGUGACCAGUUUUGGCACUUUCAAAUUCAUGUCCGGCUACUCGUUAGUCCAGUUUUUCACAGUCAUUCUCUUGUACACAAUCGGCGGUAAUAUGUCCGAUGCUCAAUUCCUGUUUAUCGAUCUGUUCAUUAUCACAACUCUCAGCGUAACCUUUGGUUACGCAAAAGCCUACCCGCAUUUGUCCGUUGAGCCGCCCAACAUGCGACUCGUCUCUGUCGUUACCCUGAUGUCGUUGGGAUUGCAGCUUUUAGUAAACUGUAUUCUUCAGACCGGCAUUUUUAUUUGGGUUCGUGUACAGCCCUGUUUAAAUGUGUCGCUGUGCCGGUACAUCGCAUUGUACAAAGUGAGUACAGAGUACGAACUGGACAAUUACGAAGGCACCGCUGUGUUCAUAGUGGCCGUGUAUCAAUACAUCAUACUGGCCAUUGUGUUCUCCAAAGGUGCCCCAUAUCGACGGUGUAUAUUUUAUAAUUAUUUAUUUGUCAUCAAUUUGGUCGUGUGCGUCGGAGUCUCAGCAUAUGUGACUUCAUAUCCAGCGGACAUCAUCCUCCAUCUUAUGGAAAUGACGCGCAUUCCGUCUGCACAGUUUUUGAUGAUUCUUCACGCACUCGUGGUGGCCAAUUUUCUCCUCUGUUACAUUCUUGAGAUGAUUGUGGAUGGUGUGUCUUUUCGCCGACGCAUGUUGCAUAUUCGACGCGCCCUGUUCCCCAGACAUGUUCAACGAAAGGAUUACGAGCGAAUUCGUGAAGAAAUCGAUCGCAUGGCUGGCUCGUGGCCUCCGAUUAUCCGCUCAGCCAGUGUGCAAGCUUUGCCGCGUGAGCUGUUCCACGACACAUACACUGUUCCCAUGCCUGCGGCGCCUCCACCCGGGGGCCGGGCCCGCCAUCGAACUACUUCUGGCAUGUCCUCGAGUUCCGAGGAUGACAACUGGUCUCCGGUCCCCUCGAGAUCAGAUAUCGCGCGCGACAACGCCGAUUCUCUCGCCGGCGGUGAAUUUCGCCAAGGUCCUACAAAUCCGCACAGUGUUAGUGGUCAACUGACCAGAUGUCAAUCGUUGGGUGAUCUACACCUAAAUUCCUACAUUGCUCCUCCUCUUGUACAUUCCGGAUCCACAACAAACUCAGCAGCUGGCAAUCAAGUGGAGGAGUGUCAUCAUCCGGCCGCUAGACCCGUGUUUCUUGUCGAGAAACGUAGCCGCUCACGUAGCACUGGACACCCAUCUGCCAAGUGGGGCUCUCCUCUGACACCUCCCCGAUGAGCUGUCCCCAUUCCAAAUCCAUCCCUCUCAGCGACGCAAUGCUUACCGUCUGUCAGUCACUUUCAUUGUAGUUUCACACACAUACAUUGUAGUCUCGAUCAUCUGUUGAACGUAUUGCUGCUAUUACCGGGUGUAACUGACGACUUCUGAUUCUACUUUGGUCACAUGUUCAUCCUAUCCAUCUCAAAACCUAGCCUAUAAACUAUUCUUUCCGUACACACAUAUCUACACUUUUCCUUUCGAAACACCAUGUGGUUUUCCUAUUUUUAUGUUCCGCUUUUCUAUGCGUUACCCACCUUCCACUUUGUUACCCCUCACAUACCAUUACCAGUGCAGAACUUCAGAGUCUUGAAAGCCAUUGCGAGCGCUUGCACUUACCCGUUCCCUGCAAGUGUGGUAUCUUUACAAUCGAUCUCAAUCGUUUGUCACAAUGAGCAAUUCUUUCCCCAUUUGCGUCAUCAUUGCAGCACGACCUGGUUGGAAUGUCGUACUUACCUUUCGUAGUCUUCAAGACGAUUCGUUUAAAUUAAUGUCAGAGUGGUUACGGUCACCGCUGACUGUUGCUUCACGAAUAGCUCCGCCCAUUUACUGAUGCUGUUGGCCUCUUCUCAUCUUCCACCUCAC